AUGGAAGUUGAGAAGACUUUAUUGAGAUAUUCACCAAUUCCACCGUCAUCCCUACAAAAAUGCGACAGUCUCCCUACUGUUACUUACGACCUCCAGAGAAACAUCGUCCUCAGGCCUGUCUUGGAGAGCGACCAACCGUUUGACAAAGGAGCUGUUAUAGACGGGGAUUACUCAAAAGUUGAUGCGGCAGUCGCCAGCAACACCAAAAUCUCCUAUUCAGCUUCCACUAUACACACAGAUAUCACCAACUCCCAAGAAGUAACAUCUAAAACAUUAUAUCCUUACCGAUGGCGGUUCUUCAUACACAACCCCUUUAAUUAA